AUGUGGCGUCGCAGCACUAACUCUGCUUCCCCUAGAUCCGCCUCGGCAGAGAGACUGGAAGGCGGCGGAGGCAGCACUGGGUGCACCAUCCAGCCCGGCAACGAUCCCGUGGCACAUCUGACGAACAGCAAAACCACAGCCGCUCCAGCAGCCCCUCGCACCAGCCGCAAGUGGCCCCUGCGGUCACUCUUCUCUUCCGCACACGGUGGUAGCGACGGUUCUCCUAACGCGGACUCGGCCCGUCACUACCAACUUCAUAAGAAGAGCGACAGCGCCAACGAUCACGGUGACAACACCGCAUCGCCUGAACUGCCGCUCAGCAGCAGUCACACAAUCAUCGAUAAAGGCCGGGCAACCAAAGAAAACUGUCAGGAACAGCAUGCGCAUACGUUGGUGGUGGGUCAGAGCAACCGUCGAUCGAACUUGCCUGGUAUGACGCAGGUCCGUCAGCGCCACGGCGUAUUGGCGGGAUCGUGUCAUCCUCAUGCCAGCGAUGCCUCACCGCUUGCCCGCAGCGUGCAUAUGAAUAUGGAAGACUGGAGUGACGAUGAUGACUGGGGACGCCCAACAGCAGUGCUCGAGCAGCAGACCCUCCCAGCGCUUCCAAGAGCAAAAGUACCGGUAGAAGCGGGGACGGCGCACGUCACCGGCAGUGAUGACGUCUUUGUCUCCGACGUGGCCUUAGCAUACCCUCGGCAUGGUCAAACUCCACAGUCGGUGGCGCAAGAGCUCACCUACACAUCUCCGUGUGUUUUGCCAUCCGCCAGCACACCGCCUCAGCAUGUCAGUGCCUCCGCCUUGGUAAGUACUUCCGUUGUAAUGGCUGCAGCCGGUGGGCCUCCUGCACCGACGCAACUCUGUGAGUUUUCUCAGACAAGCCCUCCAGCGGACUGCUCCCCUGCGCCGGCCGCCUUUCACAGUGGCAUUCGAGGCCUUCGCAGCGCGCACGCGACAUCGGGCAGCGGAAGCGGCGCAGAGGGGGCGGCCGUCGAUCGCACGAAGCGGAGAAAAAAGGGCGUUGGUGCCGUCGCCCUCCUCUCCCCCGUCAUCCCCCCACACGCGGCACUGCCACCUACACCGUGCGCCGGCGUACGCACGGCCGACCAAGAUGACGCUGCGGCUGUUGCACUCGCAGCCGGCACGGCGGCGCGCCACCGCUUUGCUUGGGAGGCAGAACGCUCUGUAGAAAGGCAAAGUUGGGUGCAUGCAGUCCAGGCGCUGCUGAUGCAAAUUUAUCACGCGUGCGAGGGCGACUCUCCCGUGCUUGCGGAGGCGAACGGCAACGCCGUACUUCCCUGCGCAACGGUCACGGAGCCGCUUCACGUCGCACGGCAGCUCUUGGAUACGGCGAGGAAGAAUGCGGCCUCGAGUGCGGACUCCCCUGACCGCGACGGCGACGCUGUGAGAAGCUACAGCACGGUGGUGCGCAUGUUGGCUGCACACACACAAAUGGGAGCGGCGCGGGUAGACGACGGGGUUGGACUAGGGGGUGACCAACGCCAACAGGCUGGGCAGCAUGUCCUAGCGAUGUGGCAAAGCAUUUCUGUGGCGCUCCCUGCCAUGUGGCACCAGGCGUGGGCGUCGGCGACGGAGAAGUUGGCCGGGGCUAAGCAGCCGCCAGGUGGGCGCAGUCCCACAACCACAAUGGAGUGCGAGCCCGUGAGCGAGGCGCGACGGACGACGGUCGCGCUGGGCACCUUCCUCAGGCAGACUCUAUCACGCAGCGGCCCCCUCUUCGGUGUUCGCGAAGUGCACGCCGGCGUCGUAGCAGGCCUAGAAGCUGCGCUGGAGUCGUUGAUAGCGACGACCGCUGCUCCUGCAGCCUUUACUGCCCCGACCAGGUCAGAAAUGUCGCCAUGGGCAGUGGAAGUCGUGACUGCAGCAGCGGAGGCUACGAUACAUCGUGACGAGAUGAUCAAGCAGUGCGUGGUUGAUGUUGCAAGCACGGCUGCUGCGGCAGAUGGCUGCAACAACGCCGACAGGGCCAUGCACAAGGCCCGGGUGCAGCUUCGGGAAGGUUCAUGGGCGCUCUGGUACGUGCUGAGAGUAGUGGGCCUCCUGGUGUGGUGGGAAGCAAUGCUUCCACGCAUCUUCCCUUGUCGUCCGCCCUCAACACACGUACACACCGAGGCGAGCACGACAGGUGCGCUUUCAUAG